AUGAAUGAGUUAAAGACAUAUGCUAAAGCAGGACAAAUCGUUCAAGAAGUAUUUAGUUCAUUACGAACCGUUCUUUCUCUCAAUGGAACCAACUUUGAACAAAAUAGAUAUGAAAAAGAACUGCUUCCGACGAGUCGAAGUAAUAUUUUUCAAGGAGCAGUGUUUGGGAUUUAUACUGGUUGGCUAUCUUUGAUAACCUAUCUGGCUUAUACAGUUGGUUUCAUCUUUGGUUCUCUUCUUAUGUCCAAUACAGGUUAUCAUGGUUUGAAUAUUAGCGAUAUUCUUGUUGGAAAUGAUCCAACUAUCAAUGAAUCUGAUGUAUGGAAAGAAACUACUCAAUCCAUUUAUAAUAUCAAUGGUCAUAUUGAAUUUGACAAUGUUAAUUUCUUUUAUCCAUCUCGGAAAGAUGUACAAGUUCUAAAUAAUCUUUCUCUUAUUGCUCGCGCUGGUCAGACAACUGCUAUUGUAGGUGCAAGUGGAUGUGGAAAAAGCACAUAUAUAUCACUUCUUCUUCGUUAUUAUGAACUUUCAUCAGGUCGAAUUACUAUCGAUGGUCGAUCGAUAACAGAUUAUAAUAUCCAACAACUUCGACAAAACAUAGGAGUUGUUAGUCAAGAACCUAUUUUGUUUGGUAUGAGUAUUUAUGAUAAUAUUCGUUUUGGCAAAGUGAACGCGACGAGAGAAGAAAUCGAAGAAGCAGCAAAAACAGCUAAUGCCCAUAAUUUUAUUAUGAAACUACCCAAUAAAUAUGAAACAUUUGUUGGUGAACGUGGUAUUCAAUUGAGUGGAGGUGAAAAACAACGUAUCGUAUUAGCUCGUGCUCUGGUUAAACAACCUACUUUUCUUUUACUUGAUGAAGCCACAAGUGCACUUGACAAUGCUAACGAGAAAAUUGUACAAGAUGCACUUGAUCGAGCAUGCAAAGGUGAUAUUUGUUUCGUGUUAAGCAUUCAAUUGUAUACAGCUUUUGCGAUCUCAGGAUCGAAACUAACGCAACGUAUUCGUUCGAAAGCUUUUUCAUGUCUUCUUCGUCAAGAAGUUGCUUAUCUUGAUCUGCCUGAGAACAGUUCUGGCGCAAUUUGUGCCCGACUUUCUUCUGACGCGUCAGCUAUUCAAGAGCUGACUGGUAAGCGAUUAGGAUUCAUCGGUGAAGCUAUUGCAUUAACAAUUUUCGGGAUUAUAUUUGGAUAUAUAAUAAACUGGCAACUAACAUUAAUUGUUCUCGGACCUGUAUUUAUCUUAUUCAUACUCUUCUAUUUCGAUGUGAUAUUACAUUUAUGGUCGAACCGGCGAUCUAUUCAAGAUAUUGGAAAAGCAAAUACAGUAAAUUUAGGUUUUACUUAA